AUGGCUGAACAUGGCAGUGCUAUUGUCUCGCCGGACGAGAUCACAAAGGCGGAAUUUGAGAAGGCUCGCAGGGAAUACACGGCUCUCAUCCAAGUUAUCUCCGAAACCAAAGCCACCAUUUCAAGAUUCAAAACCGCCCAAAAAACUCUGGCGGAGCUGGACAAGUGGCGCUAUAAAGCGAUCCUGAAACAGUACGAGGGACAAUCAAGCCUCAGCUAUGAUGAUGUCCAGCAGCUGGUCGAAUGGAAGCUACGCCAUGGCAAGUUCCGGCCCAUGAUUCAGAAGUACAUUGACUCCAACGACCCUGCCACGGUUGAAUCCAGUAUCAGCGCCGGCCUUGCCACUUACCGCGAGACCAAGGACGCCUCAGCCGGCAUGGCCGAGAUCGUUAAGCAUGUCAAGGGCAUGGGACCUGCCACGGCCUCGCUGAUGUUGUCAGUCUUCGACCCCACCAAGGUCAUAUUUUUCAGUGACGAGGCCUACCUGUGGCUGUGUUGCGACUACACCAACCCGUCCGCCUCCAAGAUCAAGUACACCAUGCGCGAGUAUCAGAAUCUUGACCGCGCCGCCCGCCUGCUGGCCGCGAAGCUAGGUGUGCGCGCCGUUGAUGUUGAGCAGGUAGCGUUUGUGCUCAUGCACAAGCAGUACGCCGCCGCGCGCGCCAUGCCCUCGACGCCCGUAUCCUUGGCCGUAAUGAGUCCGACGCCGCCCCGCAGCAGGCGCGCCCCUUCGGACACCAUUGCCAAGCUUGAGAUGAACAAAGACGUGGUCUCAAGCAGUAAGGCCGGCCUCUCGACAGGCGAGGCUAUUGAUGCCAAUAGAAUUGAUGAGAACGACGUACCCAUGCAGGAGGCGCCCCCGGCUGUGAAUACCAAGCGAGUAGCAUCCGUGGGGAAGCCGUCAGCGCCACCAGGCAAGGGGGAAAAGAAGAGAAAACCCGGCAGCGCGGCUCCCGAGGAGCCCACACGGCGGUCCACUCGACUUAAGAAGGCUUAG